AACCUUCACGCGUCAACUCAUCCCUUUCGAAGCCGCCGUCCAACUGGAAAACGCGCAUGGAGGUAAGAUGAAACUUGAUCAAGGGGCGAGACAAAUCUUAUCAUUUUUCCCAACUCGAAACCCGAAUACGAGGUUAAAAGCCUACUUGGAAAAAAAAAACCCUGCUUUGAAACCGGAAUACUGUUUUACAAAACCCAGUUUGAAACCCUCGACCUAGUGUGAGCCUCUCCUCUAAAAACCCAACUCCAUUUUACAACCCGAAUUUGAAGCAUUCUGUGGAUGCCCGACACCCAAAGUAGCCGCCCGGACCCUCUGCACGCCCCCUGACUCUUUUGAAGCACUGUUGUGCGGGAUGUGAUGACAGUCUCGUGAUUGGCCAGCGCGCUCGUGACGCAAGCGUCCCCGCCGAUUGACGUCCCGGCUCGCUGCUGCGCUCCGGAGCUCGAGGCGCGGAGCUCCAGAUGGAGUUGGCUCGCGACCGGAGCCCGUCAUGGGGGCCGCGGACCCCCGCAACGGCACGGAGUCCGACGAUGACGGCGGCGUUCGGCCGUCCGCGUCCGAGGAGUGGGUGGCGGGAAUGAGCCUCCUGAUGACGCUGAUCGUGCUCGCCAUCGUGCUGGGCAACGCGCUGGUGAUCGUGGCCAUCGCCCGGACGCAGCGUCUGCAAACCCGCACCAACGUGUUCGUGGUGUCGCUGGCGUGCGCCGACCUCAUCAUGGGCAUCCUGGUGGUGCCCUUCGGGGCCGCGCUGCAGCUGCGCGGCGCCUGGGACUACGGCUCGUUCUUCUGCGAGCUGUGGAUCUCCGCGGACGUGCUGUGCGUCACGGCCAGCAUCGAGACGCUGUGCGUCAUCGCCGUGGACCGCUACGUGGCCAUCACGGCGCCGUUUCGCUACCAGAGCUUGCUCACCCGAGCCCGGGCCAAGGCGGCGGUGUGCGCCGUGUGGGGGGUCUCGGGACUCGUCUCCUUCCUGCCCAUCCUCACGCACUGGUCCCGGGACAGCGCGCACGCGGCGUGCUACGAGGACCCGGCGUGCUGCGACUUCGUCACCAACCGGGCGUACGCCGUCUCGUCGUCCGUCGUGUCCUUCUACCUGCCCCUGGUGGUCAUGGCCUUCGUGUACGCGCGCGUCUACCGGGAAGCCAAGCAGCAGCUGCGCAAGAUCGACCGCUGCGAGGGCCGCUUCCACAUCCACGCCGGCGGGGCGCGCUGCGGGAGGAAGCCGCCGCCGCCGCCGCGCUCGGCCGCGCUGCGCGAGCACAAGGCGCUCAAGACGCUGGGCAUCAUCAUGGGCACCUUCACGCUCUGCUGGCUGCCCUUCUUCGUGGUCAACGUGGUGCGCGUUUUCGGCGCCGAGCUGGUGGACGAGGACUUGUUCGUCUCCCUCAACUGGCUGGGCUACGCCAACUCGGCCUUCAACCCGGUCAUCUACUGCCGGAGCCCGGACUUCCGCAGGGCCUUCAAGAGGCUGCUGCGCUGCCGGCCGCGGCCGAGGGCGGAGCGCGCGCUGCGCGUCGGCUCCUGCGACCUGAGCCGCUACUCGGCCGGCUUGCUGGCGGCCUCCUCGCUGGAGCCCGCCGGGGGCGGAGGUACGCUCGGCCCGUGGGCCGCGGACUGCGCCGUGAUGGAGAGCAGCCUGGCCGGAACCGGGAGGCCGCCUCGCUCCGAGUCCCGUUUCUGACUCCCGAGUCCAAACGUGACACCGACCCCCCCCCCCCCCCCCCUCCCCCCCCCCCCCACCCCAUUUCUGUUCAGCGCACAAGGGUGAUCAUGGAGUUCAUGUGGACUAUGCUUCAAAGCCUCAAGUGCUUGCUGAAACCCCCAUUUUAAACAAUAGUGAGCCACUGUUUUCGAGCCCCGGCACAACAUUAAAUGCAUUAAACUGAACUUAGGCUGUGCAGUACCAGACUUUUGAGAAUGACUGAGCGAAUACUGUGUUUAUUUUCUCUGGCUUGUUGCUGGCACAAAGACACAUCGGUCACGAGUAACUUUCCGGGGAUCAAUUCGCUGUCAUUCAACCUUGAAGCCAAGGCAGAUCAUUUCCACGAGUCCGGGCUCACAGCAUACCACCAAACAAAAAUUGAAAGAAGACA